CCUUGAAGUUGCGGGUGCGAAGCAGGUCCGGACUCCGCCGAAGGAGGGCGCUUCUGAUUUGCAUCAUGGUUCAAUGACAAUGACAAAAUAGCGACAGUUGACAAUUGUUCGUUAAAACCGAGUACUCUGAACGCAGUUCACAAUCGAGGGCUCGCGUUAACUCCGAGUCGAAGUUGGUGCGGCCGCGGUGGUUGAGGGCCACGUCGAGCAUCAACAAUUGGGAUGAAUAACUGCUAUAUCGACCAGCUGCCGGACGACGCGCUCCGCAUGAUUUUCGAGUCGGUCUGUGAAGAAGACCAAGCCACCUUCCAUGAUUAUUCUAUGCAAAAUGAAGUACGGAAAGGCAGGUAUUGGGACGACUGGCACCAAGAUUACUAUCAUUAUUGGGGCGAUGAAAAAGAAUCCAAUGGACCUCCGUCAUCGGCACUCAUUGCAGCAAUGUGUGUAUGCGAACGUUGGCGUCGUCUCAUAUCACAGACUCCAACACUGUGGACUGUGUUACAAAUUUCCUUCGGCGAUGUUGCAUCUCUUGAACUAGUGCGCACUUUCCUGCAACUUAGCGGAACACAUCCUCUUAAAAUUACCCUACUUUGGAACGACCCCCACAACCCGUUCAACGGAGCCCCCAGGCGAGCCUCCCCUUCGUAUGACCAUAAUCUUAAUCUCCCCGCACCGGUCGACGAAAGUGUGGCUGGCGCUUACCUCGUCUUGAUCAUCCUGGAGUUAUAUGUGCAUGUACACCGUUGGCGCGAGUUUACGAUGAGGACGACCUCAAAGACCCACAUACGUCAAGCACUCGUACUCAUGUCACGCCCUUCCGUUCAUCUAGCCCAUAUGCUAGAAAAAUUGCAUCUUGAACUCGUACACAGCCAGUUGAAUGUAGAUCCCGACCAUCAUGAACCGUCGAUUUUUCCUGGUUCAGCAUCUCCCAUCAAUGAUCUUAUCCUUUUUGGCACCAGUUGGUCCUGGCUGUCACCCUCCAUGUUCUCAUCACAUCUUGUCAACUUGCAGAUACACUACUGCACAGAUGACGGUAACAGAAAUACGGCCACUACAGCAAAAGCUUUGUUGCAACUCCUUGGUGCACUCGUCAAUCUGCAGACCCUCGCACUCGAAUUGGACAUGGAUCCGCUUUUGACAGACAUCGUGUCUUCCAUUGCGCUGCCCCGCUUGCACUACCUGGCUAUGAAAUCGAGGAAGAUGGAUUGUUGGAUUGCAGAUUUUUUUCACCAUGUUCAUAUGCCCAAUCUCCGGAUAUUGACCUUGGAUGGCGUUGCCUGCGAGUUCAUGUUGAUCGAGAUCGAAUUCGAAGGUAUCCUUCAAGAGUUGAUCAGGCUUACCAAGAAAACCCCUUCUAGCUCUCUUCUAGAGCUAGAUGAACUCCAUCUCGUCAAUUUCGCACAUCGUGCAGAUCCUCAGCUCCUGCAUCGCCUGUACAAACAAAUGACCAGUGUCAAGGUAUUGACACUGGGACCGAGGGCAAUCUACGCAAAUGAUGCGUUUGCAAUGGGACUGCUCCCCACGACCCACGGACUGGCGGAUUUCCCUCUCCCGGGACUUCGGACCCUGAUCGUUUUUGAUAUUUCAAGAUACAUCGUGCGGCGCGUUGUUCUAGAACGACUUUCGCUCGCUGGUCCGUUGGAGGAGCUUUAUUAUCACGAGCCUGACGACCUACCGGUGCUAGAGGGGCUAGGGGAGCAUGAUAUGAUCGUCCCAGACGAUUGGCAACAUCAAGUCGAGAAGUACCAUCGUAUUGAUCGUCUGAAAUCUGAACGUUAUUGUGAUGUAGUUAGCAGGCAGUGGUCAUACUUAGCCUAGUACCUUGAAAAAGAAAAAAGUGGCUAUCUCCGGGCCUUCUGGUCCUGCCAAACUGAUUUCGUAGGCUAUGUAUGUCCGUACUCGAUACUCAUCCAAUGUUAGCAAGCAGCAAACGACAAUCAGAUGGAUCCUCCAUCUUGUACUAUCAACCCAAGCCAGCGUCCGUGAUAUCUCCUGAUGUCCACGUCCUUUGGCUGACGUGAGACUCGGAGGUCAAGCGGGAUCAUUGAUCAGCAGUCGUCACGGGCUUCGUAAACGCCGCGAAUAGUAAUGACUCGGAUGUGUCGCUGAAUUGGUGCGGCAGCCUAUUUCUGGUAGAACCAAAGCUGGCGUGGCCUCAACCUGAUGAUGAACGUUACUUGCGACAACGCCCGAAGGCUCUACCCCUACCGACUAAGCUAUGUC